AUGCUGUCGAAUUCCGGAACCGCCUUAAUCCUUGCUUCUCUUUUUCUGGGAGCCUUGGGAGCCUACGAUUGCAAGUCUCCGAUGCCCACCUACUGUCAGGCCUUUCUAUCUGUAAAUGGGAUGUGCCCGACGGGCUAUUGUAGCCCACCAAACGGGGAUAUAAAUUUUUGCUAUUGUCCGGACUGUGAUGAUAGUUGCCGGGGAUGCAAAUCGCAAUGCGAUCAGAAGAACUGCAAAGACAACAGCGCACAAUGCGCUGCAUGGGAGAAAAACGAUUUUUGUGACGGCCACCAAUACACUUGGCCGCAAAAGAAGCAGUAUUGCGCCAAAACUUGCGGACUCUGCGAUUGUACCGAUGCUACCAAGGAUUGCCCCGAUUGGCUGAAAAACGGCUUCUGCACGAACCCAAACUACAGUGAUCGGGACAAGAAAAAAUAUUGCCAGUUGAGCUGCGGGCUGUGCGAUCGCCCGAAAUGCCAGGAUGCCUCUCAAAAUUGCGCCAACUGGAAUGCAAACGGUUUCUGCAAGAGUCCCAGCUACACGGACGAGCAGAAGAAGGCGUUUUGCGAAAAAACGUGCAAAUUCUGU